UAUACCUCUUCCAAGAAGAGUCAUGGCGCACAACCAGAAGCUUCUAGCCAAGACCCCCAUCAUCAAGUUCAGGCAACAGGACUUUUACUCCUUGCGGGAUUAUUGCCUAAACAGAGGCCUGCUGUGUGAGGAUGAGACAUUCCCUGCUGAGAAUUAUUCCAUAGGUCUACAGCUGCUCAAGGGAAAAAACCUCUCCAGCCUAAGCUGGAUGCGGCCAAAGGAUUUAUUGAAGGGUAAAUCAGAGCCUCACUUCAUCCUGGAAGGUGUGAGCAGUUUCGACAUCCAACAGGGGGAGGCAGGAGAUUGCUGGUUCCUGGCAGCACUGGGCUCCUUGACACAGAACCCACAGCAUCUGCAGAAGAUCCUAAUGGACCAAAGCUUUUCAUACCAAUAUACAGGGAUUUUCCAUUUUCCGUUCUGGCAGUGUGGCCAGCGGGUGGAAGUGGUGAUUGACGAUCGCCUACCUGUCCUGAACAGUGAGCACUUCGUUAAUCCUCGCAACAAACAAGAGUUCUGGCCGAGCCUGCUGGAGAAAGCCUACGCCAAGUUUCAUGGGUCCUAUGUCAACCUGCACCAUGGCUACCUCCCUGAGGUGGACCUCACGGGAGGGGUGGUCACCAGCAUCAGCCUGCGUUCCUCCUCGUCUGACCUGAUGACAGUGGUGAAGAUGGUAGCCGAGGCAGGCUCCCUGAUGACCUGCAGCACCCUGGCCGGGCCGACAACUGAGUCCACGAGGAUGGCAAACGGGCUGGUGAGUCGGCCUGCCUACACAGUGACUGGCGCUGAGCAGAUUCAGUACAGGAGCGGCUGGGAAUAUCUUAUCCACCUGUGGAACCCCUGGGGCGAGAGCGAAUGGAGAGGGCGCUGGAGUGACAGGUCUCUGCAGUGGCAGGAAACCCACGACCGACAGAAAAGCCAGUUGUAUGAAAAUAAGGAUGAUGGCGAGUUUUGGAUGUCAUGUCAAGAUUUACGAGAUAACUUCUUCUGCCUAUUUAUAUGUAAGCAAGUUCCAAUCAGCCUGGACCAUGGAAACGCACUCCAUGAAAGAUGGUCCCAACUGAUGUUUAAGAACCACUUAAUUCCAGGAAAUGCGGAAGGACCCCAGAGGGACAUGCAGUACAUCUUCUCUGUGCCAGAAAGCAUGGAAAACAACAAUGUCAUCGUGUCCUUCAAUUUUGUCUUGCCACAAAAUUUAAAGGCCACAGACAGGACAUUUCCACUGAAGUCCGAGGUGUUCAAGAUUGACUAUCAGUUCCAGCAUUUCCGAGAGAGAUUGCCAUCCACCUUUUUUUCCAAAUUCAGAAUUGCUGAGAAGGGCAUCGUUUCUGAAACCACAUGCAGCCUUACAGAGUGUUUCAGCCUGACCUAUGUGGUGGUCGCCUCCGCAGGCAGAGAAGCAGUUGAGUUCUUGCUCCGAAUCUUCCUAAAGAUGCCAGACAGUGACAGGAACCUGGACGAUAAUCCCAACCUCAGACCACUGCAGGAAAAACCCAGCUGCCAGGGCCUCUGCACGAUGGGCCUUUUACCAUUAGUCGUCAUGUUGGUGUGGGAAGCGGAAAGUCAUAUAGAUGAUCGCGUGUACCAUGCCGACCUCGGGCAGACAGGGGCCAAGGACAGGAAGACGCCAGACAUUCAGAAGGCUAACAGGGCAUUGGGGCUGGACAUUGAUCCAGGACUUUGCGCCAAGGUGCAUGGCUCGAGAGUAGAACCCAGACUGGACUCCAACUUCAUUUCUCCCCUUGGUGGAUACCCUCCGAACCCAGGUUCAGAGCCUUCUCAACCAGGAAUUCCUAGAAGGACCUCAGCGGACACAUCCUCUUUGCAUGAGUGCCGGAGCACUGUGGCUCUGACGGAUCUGAAGGUGAACGGCCGGCUUGACCAAGAGGAGUUUUCAAGGCUGUGGAGCCGUCUUGUCCACUGCCAGAGUGUUUCCCAAAACUCCCGGAAGAACUCUGGAGUUUUCCCAAGCUCGGAUUUGUGGAAGGCCAUAAAGGACACAGACUUCCUUGCAGGGAUCCCCGUGACCAAUGAGCGGCUGGAUCUCAUGAGGCUCCGCUAUAGCGACAGCACAGGCAGGGUCAGCUUCCCCAGCCUGGUCUGCGUCCUGAUGCGGCUUGAAGCCAUGACAGAAGCGUUCCAGAACUUCUCCAAGGACGGAAAAGGACUCUCCCUGACAGAAAUGGAGGGGAGUGAAAGCUCAGAACGGGAGGGCAGCCCCAUGGGCUCAUAUCCACCAGCUGUGGUGGCUGAAGCUGGAGCUAAGGACCAUGACUUGGACACAAGGGUACCAUUAAAAUCAUUUGGCCACCAGUACAGCAGAGGCACCUACCAGCCCUUGACAAAGGGGAGUCAGGCAAAGGUGGAUCGUGGUCCUUCUGCUGCCGAUGUUGCUUCGGCCUGCCCAGCACAGUGCCUUCCAGGGACAGCAGCUCCCGCUCAUCCAGACAAGCCCUAUUGCUCCGAGGCCGGGCUUGCUAAACUGACGAUAGCAGAAGCCGAGGCAGAAAUCCACCCGCCGGGGGGCCAGUCCCUCCCUGUGGACUCAAGAAGAGACUGCCUUCCACCAAACACCUGGAGUUCUGCCCAUCCUACCCGCUGGCGGUGCCAGAAGGUGCCGGAGGCCUCGGGGAGGGAAGGCAGGGUGCACGGAGGUCGGAGCUCAUGCCGAAAGGCUCCUCCCCUGUAUCCUGAGGAGGGAGCGUCCGGGACUCCGGGAUACCGGAGUGUCUGCAGCAAAGGGAGGCUGGUGGCCUGGUCCCAGGCUGGACAGAUAUUCACUGAGCCGCAGACCCGAAGCCAGCUCGGGGGCAGCCUGGGAACAAGUGUCUGA